AUGCCGUAUAACAACACCCCCAUCGCGCCCUCCAAAGAAGUCAGCGGCCAAGUCUCCCUUCCACUCGCCCGCGUCCAAAAAAUCAUCAACGCCGACCCCGAGCGCCUACACACCUCAAAAAACGCCGCCUUCGCCAUCGCCCUCGCCACCGAGCUCUUCAUCCAGCACUUCGCGACCACCACACACAACGUCGUCAAAGCCGAGACGCAGAAGAAGCCCAGGAGGAAUGUGCAGUACCGCGAUGUAGCCAGCGCGGUCGCGAAGACGGAUAACCUCGAGUUUCUCGUGGAUGUUGUGCCUAAGACGAGGGUGUGGAAGGAGGUGCGGGAGAAGAGG